AUGCCCUCGCAAGGUCCCUCCCCGCUCGAGAAGCCUUUCUUUCGUGCAUUGGCCGAACUGGACGCUUGGGCCGAUGCAGGGUCCCGCGCCCAUGAUGGCGUACUGCCAUACGUCCCGAGACGCCACUCAGACACCAAAGGGAGGCUUUUGGUUUGCCAUGACUUCAAGGGAGGCUACGCUGAAGAUCCCAGCGAUGUUGGGUAUAGCUUCAACUUCUGGCCGUACUGUGACAGCUUUAUCUAUUUCUCCCAUCACCGCGUCACAAUCCCACCUCCAGGAUGGAUCACCGCCGCGCACAGACACGGCACCAAGAUGCUCGGAACGCUCAUAUUCGAGCACAUCGAGAGCGAACCCGACGGCCUGCGCCUCCUCUUCGGGCGCCUCCCCGCAUCAGCAACCGGCCCGGCCGCGCCCUCCCCCACGCACAACCCGAACGCAAUGCCCGUGAGCGCGCACUACGCCGCUCUCCUCGCCGACCUCGCAGCGAAGCGCGGCUUCGACGGGUGGCUCCUGAACUUCGAGUGGGCGUUGCGCGCGGACGGGGGCGUGGGGCACGCGCGGAGUCUCGCGGCGUGGGUCGGGAUGCUGACGAAGGAGAUGAAGGAGAGGGUGGGGGCGCACGCGGAGGUGGUGUGGUACGAUAGCGUGGUGUUUAGCGGGCAGGUGCGCUGGCAGGACCGGCUGAACGCGUACAAUCUGCCGUUCUUCGCGCCGAGCACGGGCUUCUUCACGAACUACACCUGGCACCAAGACUACCCCGCGCUCCAAUCGACCUACUUCUCCACCCUCUCCCCAACGACCCUCACAUCCCCGCACGCCCCGCCCAAAACGCGCCUCGACAUCUACGCCGGCAUCGACGUCUACGGCCGCGGCUCGCACGGCGGCGGCGGCUUCGGCGCCUACCGCGCGCUCGAGCACAUAAUGCCCGCGGGCCUCAGCACCGCGCUCUUCGGGCAGGGCUGGACAUGGGAGUCCACGCGGGACGAGGAAGGGUUCAGCUGGGAGCGGUGGUGGGAGUACGAGCGCGCGCUGUGGUUGGGCCCUACGACCGAUGCGCAGAAGAGGAGGACAGUGCUGCCGCCGGGGUCCAGCACGAAGAAGCGGGAGGGCGACGCGGAGUGCCCGCAUGGGCCGUUCAGAGCGGUUACGGAGUUCUUUGUGCGCAAGGCGCCGCCGCCGGUCGAUGGGCGGCCGUUCUGCACGGGCUUUUCGCCGGGCGUGGGGCGGGGGUGGUGGGUCCGCGGCGCGCGCGUGUCGAGCGCGCAGUGGACGGACACACACAAGCAGUGCGCGCUCGGCGACCUCUUAUGGCCCGCACCGGCGACGCUGGCCUGGGAGGACCGCGAGACGGAUUCCGAGGUGCUGCCGGCUGCAGCGCCUGCGAUCGACUUCGCGGAUGCGUGGAUCGGGGGGAGCUCGGUGAGGGUGACGGUCGAUGUGCCGGGGAGCAACGCCGAGGACGCGUUCUUCCGCUGCGUGUGGUUGCCCGUUCAAGGUGUCGAUGUUGCUGCGGGCGGGACGUACGAGGCGGCGCUGGUGUUCAAGACCGAUACGGGCGCUUCGGCUUCGGCGGUCGACCUCGAUGUCGGGCUGCUCGUCAAGCCUGACGGCUUCGCCGUCGAACAUCUGGAGUCGCAGCCGGUGACGGUGCAGGAUAAUCUCCCGGGCGAAUGGCAGCGGCAGGCCCUGUCGUUCUCGCUGUCCUCAGACGCAGGCGCGGAUCCGACGGCACACGUCGGGCUCGUCGUAGGCUUCGCGGCAGAAGAUGCCGCACAGGCGCUCUCGUUCUCCGUCAUCCUAGGACAGCUGUCUGUCAUCGCUGCAUCGCCGCCUCGCGCCGCGUCCGCUACGACGCGUAUUCUCUGGGCGGACUUUGCAUCGUCGGAUAGCGCCGACUUUGCCUUUGCCGGCGUGCUAUCGUGGGGCGCUGCGCUGUAUCUUCCGCAGACUGUGCUCCCUUCUACGAUUCCUCCGCCGGACGCCCCCGAGCCACUGUGGCCCGUCGCGCAAGUCCCGCUGUCCGACAGAUUGGCAUACGUGAACGUGUACGCUAUGCCCAGAGCACGAGCGCCCGAAGGGCCGACUGCUGCGACGUUCGUCGGAACUAGUGGACUGGAGGGCUGGGCGAGUAAGAUGCGGAUGAGCUGGGAGGGGCUGAAAGCGAUUGGGGUGAAGAAGGGGGCGAAGGACGCGGUGAGGUUCUUCGUGCAGGGUGUUACGGAGGGAGGGGAGGUGUUGGAUUGGGAGAGGUGUGCGUUCGUUGAUGCGACGCUUGGCUGA